UUUUGCCUCCCGGAAGCGAGUCCCGGAAGUGUGUGAUAUUGUUGUCAUGGCUGAUCGCGGGAGUGAUUCUGGAGACUCCAGUAGCGAUGCAGACGUCUCAUCUGUCAUGGGCUUCUCUGGGUUUGGGAAGAAAGCUCGAACCUUUGAUCUGGAGGCCAUGUUUGAGCAGACGAGGAGGACGGCCAUCGAGAGGAGCCAGCGUGUCUUAGAGGAGCGCGAGAAACAGGACGCUGAGGCCAGCAGCGGCGAGCCGUCAGCAUCCAGGAAGCAGGACUCUGAUGUCAUCGGUCCUCCACUUCCUCCUGCGCUCGGCGCUCAGACGGAUGAUGAUGAGGAUGAGGAAGAUGAUGAUGAUGAUGUGGUCGGGCCUCCGCUGCCGCCUGGAUACAAGCACAGCACCGCUGACAACGACGAUGAUGAUGAUAUGACUGAUGAGGAAGAUGACAAUCCAGUGAAGAAGAUCCCGGACACUCAUGAGAUCACGCUUCAGCACGGCUCUAAAAGCGUCUCAGCUUUGGCUCUGGAUCCGUCUGGCGCUCGUCUGGUCACCGGCGGCUACGACUACGACGUGAAGUUUUGGGAUUUCGCCGGGAUGGACGCGGCGCUGCAUGCCUUCCGGUCCCUGCAGCCGUGUGAAUGUCAUCAGAUCAGGUCUCUGCAGUACAGCGUCACCGGUGACGUCAUUCUGGUGGUGGCGGGAAACUCGCAGGCCAAAGUUCUGGACCGCGACGGAUUCCAGGUCCUCGAAUGCAUCAAAGGAGAUCAGUAUAUUGUGGACAUGGCCAAUACCAAGGGUCACACGGCGAUGCUGAACGACGGCUGCUGGCAUCCCAAAAUUAAAGAGGAGUUUCUGACCUGCUCCAAUGACGGGACGGUGCGGACGUGGGACUUGAACUCGGAGAAGAAGCACAAGUCUGUGUUCAAGCCUCGAUCGCAGCAGGGCAAGAGAGUGAUUCCCACCUGCUGCACCUACAGCCGUGACGGCAAACUGAUCGCCGCCGGCUGCCAGGACGGGACCAUCCAGAUCUGGGACAGGAACCUGAGCGUUCACACUAAGUUCCACUGCCGCCAGGCUCACGCCGCCGGAUCCGACACGACCUGCCUCACUUUCUCUUACGACGGAGUAACUCUCGCAUCACGAGGAGGUCAGACCCGCCGCUGCUUUCUGACAGACUGCUGCUUCAGUCCGGAUGAUAAACUGCUGCUGACGGGAACCUCGUUAACUAUAACAACACUGCUGGGAACCUGUGAGCAUUAUGUUAAUACUGUUUGCUUAGCAUUAUGCGUGAAAGCACAGCAGAUUGUGAAGUGUAGUGUAAGUCUUUAUGAAUGUGAAGUGUUUCUCUCCUGUAACUGUGCGGAUGGAUGUUUUCUGAACAGGACAGACUGCUGCUUCAGUCCGGAUGAUAAACUGCUGCUGACGGGAACCUCGGUGAAGAAGGACGAAGGCAACGGGAAGCUGCUGUUCUUUGAGCGGGAAUCUCUGCAGAAGGUCUAUGAGAUUGAAGUGGCUGAUGCGGGCGUCGUCCGCUGUCUUUGGCAUCCCAAGCUGAAUCAGAUCAUGGUUGGGACGGGGAACGGCCUGGCGAAGGUCUACUACGACCCGGUCAAGAGUCAGAGAGGUGCGAUGUUGUGUGUGGUCAAGAGCAAGAGGAAGGAGAAACACGCCGAGACGCUGACACAAGAUUACAUCAUCACCCCUCACGCUCUGCCCAUGUUUCGUGAGGCCCGGCAGCGCAGCACCAGGAAGCAGCUGGAGAAGGACCGACUGGAUCCGGUCAGAUCCCACAAACCCGAGCCGCCCGUGUCCGGACCAGGUCGAGGCGGUCGUGUGGCGGCCCACGGCGGGACACUGUCCUCCUUCAUCGUCAAAAACAUCGCCCUGGACAAAACCGACGACAGCAACCCGCGAGAGGCCAUCCUGCGUCACGCCAAAGAAGCCGCUGAGAACCCGUACUGGGUCGCCCCGGCCUAUAAACAAACGCAGCCGGAGCCGCUGUUCGCCGAGGAGGAGGAAGAAGAGGUCGAUGAAGAUCAGCCCGAAUGGAAGAAACGCAAGAUCUGAGGAGAUUUCCUCUUCCACUCGGACUCUGAGUUUGUGGCGUUCAGAGGAAUGAAACUUCUGUCGGGAUUCUCCAACACGCUUUCCAAACCUCGUGAAAACGGACCGUUCCAAGUCUGAAUCUGAGCAGAAAUUACAGUGUUUGCUAAAUGUCAUUUACAGCUCAUACAGAUGAUUCAUUAUUGUCUGAAUUAAUACUUUGACUGGUUUUUCUUUUGUAUUUUUGUCUUUUAGAUUAUAAAUAAACCUGAUGUGUGGCCUGUUUCUCGUACAAA